CCCGGCACCGACGGGCUUCUCUGUUUCCAUGGAGACGAGAGAGCACGUGGUCAAGCCACGUGAGUCAAUCGGUCCCCGCUGUGUUCCGCCCUGGGUCUGGGCGGCCAGUCAGCAAGAGAUGUUUGUGACGUCACAGGAUAUUUACAACACAUGAUGUUGGAAGAGUUCCUCUUACAGCAAACAUAAGUUAUGGCAGCACAUUGGAAGAAAAUUAUAGUAAUCCUUCUAGCAGCUCAAGUAUUGCUUAUGGGUGAUGGCUUUGAGGAAGAGGAUGUACCUGAUGAGUGGAUUCUUCUUCAUGUAGUCCAAGGCCAGAUUGGAGCUGGAAACUAUAGCUAUUUGAAACUAAAUCAUGAGGGGAAGAUAGUACUUCAGAUGCAGAGUUUAAAAGGCGAUGCCGAUUUGUAUGUAUCUGAUAUAACCCUUCAUCCCAGUUUUGAUGAAUACGAAUUACAGUCUGUAACUUGUGGCCAAGAUGUUGUUUAUAUACCAGCUCACUUCCGCCGCCCAGUAGGAAUAGGAAUAUAUGGUCAUCCCUCUCACUUGGAGAGUGAGUUUGAAAUGAAAGUAUAUUAUGAUAGAACAAUUGCAGAUUAUCCAUUUGGUGAGGCUUCCUACAAUCCAGAAGAGAUGGAGGCAAGCCAGAAGCACUCUCAUUCAGCAGAAGAUCAGUCUCAGGAUGAGGAUUCUAUAUUCUGGACUAUACUCAUUGGAAUUCUGAAACUAAUACUUGAAAUUCUUUUUUAAAAUAAUCAGCUGGACAUACACUGGACUGGAGUGCACUUAUAGCCUAUGACAUUGAACAUGAAUGGCUUGCUGUGAGCUUUGGUACUUUUUUUUUGUAAAGUUACCUGAAGAGGUAUUCAGGUUAUCUUUUCUAUGCUGAGGAGGGGAAAAGCAAAGCCAUAUUUAAUUUUGUAUAGGCACCCCACCCUCCCACCUGCCAGAGAUAAAAUGAACAGAAAGCACAGUAUUUGUAUAAUUUUCUUUAUAAAUCAGGGUUAAAGUGAAUGUACAAUAAAGGGAACCUUAUUAAAAUGUCACUUUGAAUAGGUGCAUAAGAAAACGGACUUUGAUAAUUCAUUGUAUUUUCUAUUAAAGUGACACUUAAUUUUAUACAAAGAAAAGUUGUAAAAUCUGAAAGGUGCGAUUUUAACAACCUCUCCCAAUUUAAAAUAAAGAACUAAUUUUCUAAUCUCUUUGCCAUGUGAACAGAUCUUUAGCAAGUGGCACUUAAAGCUGGCAACUGUUGGAAUUUGAAAACAGUGUAGCAAAGACCAGGAAAUAUCAACAUUUAAGGUGAAUGGUGAUUCUAGGUACCUAGUUAGAACCAAUUUAAAGAAGCCUGACUUUUCAAAGGGCAGGUCCCCAGGGCUUUUUCAAUCUGCUCUCUAAAGUAUCAAGUUGGGAAUUUAAACUGAGGCACCCAAAAUCACUUUUUAAAAUCAUGACCUGAAUGAAGUGUCAUCUUUGCUUUCUCUAUAGGAGACCGAUCUUUCUAGUUGAGAAAGGAUUAUAAUGAAUCAGUGGUUCAGAUACUUUUGUGUGUGUGUGUGUGUGUAUAUAUAUACACACACACACACACACUAUAGUGUCACUAGUCAUUAACUCAGUCUGCAUUAUCAUAAGCAGGAAAAGAUUCCUCUCACUACAUGUAUCCCAUUUAUUAAAUUUAAUCACAGUCUUAGUGCAACUGCCACAGAAUCUAUUCUUUAUGAUACUUGGUGCGUCUUUAUGAAAAUUACAUGUAAUUAACUCCUGAGGUGCAAAAUAUUUUCCAGUUAGACUUAAAGGAAUUCUAAUAAAUGAGACUGGAAUUUCUGGGAAUGCAUUGACAUUUUUUGGAUAUUAUUCCUGUAAGCUUUAAAGUCAUGGAUUUUUUUAAAUUGAAGCAGCACUGAUUACUUAGAAGGAAUCUGUAUGCUUUGCUUUGAUUGAAUCCUGAGGAAUAAAACUGAGUGCUAUGCAAA